AUGAGUGUCCAAGUUCCUCUCUUCUCAUCUGAGUUGGAAAAGUCCACGUCUCCUAUCAAGGACUUCGAGAUGGCUCCCGAGUUCGUCAAUAACACUUCGAGCGCCCAGUCCGAGCUACCCCAGGUACUGGGCGGUCUGCCGGCUAUUUUUAUGGGAUGGCCCAUAUGGCAAUACGUGGUCACCUUUCUGAUCGGUGUUGUGGUUUACGACCAAGUUGCAUACAUCAUAAGAAAAGGUUCCAUUGCUGGGCCUCCAUUCAAGAUUCCGAUCAUCGGCCCAUUUCACCAAGCACUCCAUCCAAAGUUCGACGCGUAUCUUGCCCAAUUCGUCGUCCUCGCCUCCGACCGGGACCUAGCCCACAAAGUCUUCAAGUCGCCCACCUUCGCCGAGCCCUGCCUAGUACCGAUCGCAAAAGACAUCAUCGGCCACAAAGCGUGGGUCUUCCUCCAGGGAAAAGCCCAUGCUGAGUAUCGGCGGGGCUUGGCUCCAUUAUUCACGAACAAAGCGAUAGCUACCUACCUCCCGGUGCAGGACGAGGUAUUUACCCAGUACUUUGACAAAUUCGUCGCCGCCAGCGAGGCGAACCAGGGCCGUCCGAUGGCCUUCAUGACCAUGUUCCGCGAGAUCAACUGUGCGCUUUCGUGCCGCACCUUCUUCGGCCAUUAUAUAUCCCAGGAUGCUGUGAAGAAGAUUGCCGACGACUACUACCUUGCCACUGCCGCACUCGAGCUCGUCAAUAUCCCACUAUCAAUGUACAUCCCCUUUACAAAGACCUGGCUAGGGAAGCGCGUUGCUGACGCGGUCCAUGUCGAGUUCACGAAAUGCGCUGCUGCUUGCAAGGCAAACAUGGCCAAGGGUGCGAAGCCGACAUGCAUCGUGGAUCAAUGGGUACUCCACAUGAUGAAGUCAAAAGAAUACCGGGACCGAAUCGCUGCCGGGGAGACAGAUGUGGAAAAGCCCAGUAAUUUAAUUCGCGAAUUCACGAAUGAGGAGAUCGGCGAGACACUUUUUACUUUCCUCUUUGCCUCUCAGGAUGCGUCCAGUAGCGCCACAACAUGGAUCUUCCAAAUCCUCGCGCAGAGGCCGGACGUUCUUGAUCGUCUACGAGAGGAGAAUUUAGCUGCGCGUGGUGGUGAUAGGAAUAAACCUUUUGAUCUUCCCAUGUUGGAAUCACUCACCUACACAAAGGCCGUCAUCAAAGAGCUCCUUCGCUACAGACCACCGGUCAUAUUCGUUCCAUAUCUCGCAACGAAGAACUUCCCCGUCACGCCAAACUACACCGUCCCGAAAGGGUCCAUGAUUAUCCCAUCCUGUUACCCGGCUUUGCAUGACCCGGACGUUUACCCCAACCCAGAUACAUUCGAUCCCGAGCGCUGGAUAUCCGGAGACGCCGAAUCAAAGAUUAAAAAUUGGCUCGUGUUCGGCGCGGGAGCCCAUGACUGCCUCGCCAAGAAGUAUGUGCCGCUCUCUAUGGCAGCAAUGAUUGGGAAAGCGGCCCUGGAGCUGGAUUGGACGCAUCAUGCCACGGACAGGUCGGAGGAGAUUAGGGUGUUCGCGACAUUGUUUCCAAUGGUGAGGACUCGAUAUGGCCUAGCCCCUUCUUACGUUUGUCCCAGUCAUGAACUAACCCUGAGGAUAGGAUGGGUGCCAGUUGGUAUUUAA